UCCAUUGACACUAAAACAGAAAAGAGGGCGGAGACAGAACUGACGGAACUGGUUGUUUAUGUUUUAUUUUUUAAUAUAUAUAUAUGUAUAUAUGUACAUAUAUCUGUACAUAUACAUGUAUACAAAUAUAUAUAAUUUAGUUAGAAGCCCUCCCCCUCCUCCGCCUCUGUCUGGGUGCGUUUGUUUGUGUGUCAGUCUGUCCCGGCGGUGUAACCGGAGAGGGGCCUCGCAGAGGGAAUGCAGGACUGCGAUGGAGCACAAUGAAAUCCAGUGGUCUGGCGCCCCCUCCUGUCAGCGCGGCAGCUUUGUCUUCUAUAAGUCUGUGAGCAGCAGGUCUGGUCCUGAUGGUCCGGUCCAGGUGUGGAACCUGGGCGAGUUUUACUUUGUCCGCUGUGGACCUGAGGAUCCGGUCUGCAUCGCUGAGGUGACAUUACUUUGGGAGGAGCAGACACAGUGCCACCUGCUGGCCAGUGCCAGACUCUACUUCUUACCUGAGGACACACCGAAGGGUCGCACCAGGGAACAUGGAGAGGAUGAGGUUGUGGCUGUGUCCAGGAGGAUGGUUCUGCGAGUGGAUGACCUGGUCAGAUGGUCGUGUGCCAGUUGGAGUAUUGGUGUAAAGCAGCCACCAUGUGGCGCUAAUGGCCUCAUCAAACCUCCACAGAGCAACAGCGAUGACAACAACAACAACAACAACAACAACAACAACAGCAACAACAACAACCUCCAGGACAAGAAAAGCGAACCACACAAAGACAAAAAUCAUCAGAGCGUCAGAGUCCUCAGCUAUCCUCAGUACUGCCGUUUCCGCUCCCUGCAGCGACGGAUCCAGGACGGAGCCACGGGUCCGAGGCUGCAGGACCCGCACCUGCUCGCCCUGGGGGCCGUGAAGGUGCCGCCCCACAUGCGACUGAUGUACUGCAGGGACACGUUCAACCACCCGACGCUGGAGAGCAGCGCCGCCUUCUCCUGGCAGUUCAGAUGUCCUUCUCUCAGUCUCCGAGGUCGACCUCGUAAAAGAAGAGGCUGCGAUGGCAAAGACUCUCCGACGUCCGGCAGCCAAUCAGAGGCCUGGAUCGACCGGAUGAAGGAGAACGUGAUGGGCAGUGUGGAGUUUGGAUGUGAGAGCAGUUGGCUGCCUCAUCCUGAGGAGCAGCUGUUUCUGGAUCAACUCUUCUCUUUCAUGGAUCGAUCCGGAUCACCCAUCCUCAAAGUCCCAAACCUGGGCUUCAAGAAGAUCGACCUCUUCCUCAUGUUCUCUGUGGUCAAACGUCUCGGAGGACACAAGAAGGUAACAGCAGACCGGCUCUGGAAGGUGGUGUACAAUGAGCUGGGAGGAUGUCCAGGCAGCACCAGCGCCGCCACCUGCACCAGGAGACACUAUGAAAGGUUGAUUCUUCCGUAUGAAGAACAUCUCAGAACCGGAGGAACAGAAUUCAAGGUCCCAGAAACUCCGUCACCUCUGAAGCCGCGGGGGAUCAGAGGACGAAAACCACUUCAGCGGGGAAGGAAACCAGGACCUAAACCCAAGGAGGUGAAGAUGAUGAUGAGCACAAAGACUCCUGCUGCUCCUCUUCCUCAUGCUAUCAUCAACCCAAACGGCCCCAUUAUGGUGAAGAGAGGCAGAGGUCGACCGCCAGGAACUCGUAACAAGGCCACGCUGAUCGCGCAGCAGCAGCAGCAGCAGCAGGCGAGAGCCAAAGUCUUAGAGACUCCGAGUCUUCUGCUGCCCCCCAAAGGCAGAGGAGGAUCAUCGGUCAGCAGCACACACCGGGUAACCUUGCCUCUGACCCCUGACCUCUCCCCGAUGUCGGCUCCCUUCCUGACGUUCUCGCCCAAACCAAAGGAGCCGAAGUCGGUGGCGUCGGUGGCUCCGCCCCCCGGCGUGAUCCUGUCCACACUGCCCCGCCACUUUGUGGGUGGGUCUCUGGGCGGCUUCAGCCCCGUCAAAGGGGUGUGUCCUCUUGACGUGUUCAGGAAACGCAUCAGCCUCCAGAGGGUGCCAGAGAGUCUGGCGCAGCACAGUCCCACUGUCUUUCCUCUUCCAGAUCCUCCUCACUUGAGUGCGGAGCAGCUCCAGGCUCUGUCUCCUGGUCACCACAACCGCUGCUCUGGGUGUAACGUGGAAGGAGACUCACAGAGACACGGCAGCAGCCGGGACGCCAGGACACGCCCCCCGCUGCCUCCUCUCCGGGUCCUGCCUCUGAACCUGGACUGCAGCGUUCAGGUGUGUCAGCUGAUGAGAACUCGCUGUCUGGACUCGUCGCAGCUGCAGACCUUCACCCGCCGCCUGUCGGAGGCGCUGUCGCAGGACCUGAGCGCCAAGCCGCCCUCCUCCCCCAUAACCCCGCCCCCUGAGCAGGCACUGCCGCUCAACCUCAGCAAACGUUUCAUCUUGAAGAGAGCGAGCGCAGAGGAAGCCGAGCCCAGCCGAGCGGCGAGAAACGGAAACGCAGAGCAGCAGUUGUCGCCAAAGAGAGCCAGGGCAGAGCUGGAUGAUGACAUCACUCAGAGGGGGCGGUCCAGUUCCACAGGUGCAGGAUCAGACGUAAAGGACCAGGAGGAACCUGCAGACCUGAGCUCACCCAGCAGGAUCCGGGCCUUUCUGCUUGGACUUCCUCCUUUCCAGGUAAAACUGGACGAGGACCUGAACGGGGCGCGGUACAGGAAACUCCUCCCAACGGGAACUGAAGCCGACGCCCAGCAGACUGAGGCGGAGAAACUGGAGGGAGGAGUGUCCGUAAAGAAGGAAGUGACGGCGGCCGAGGAGACUGUGGUGGUGGUUGAAACUGGGAGGAGCAACAAAGUGCAGCAGGAGGUGGAGGAGAUGGGCCCCGCCCACCACGCUGCUCCCGGUCCAGCGGCGUUGAAGUGAGCCACGCCCCCAAACACUGACGCACACUGUUUUCAGCGUUGUCUUUUUUUGACAGGGAGGUUUCACUACUGGUUCUGGUUCUGGGCUCAGGUCGAAGUUCUUCUCUUCAUUUCCCAUCAUCCUCCUGUUUCUUUCUUUGAACAAUGUGAUCAUGUGACAAUCACUAAAUGGUUGAGACUUUGUAAUCUAUGACGAUGACGUCCGUGACGACCGUCACCAUGACGACAGCGUGGACUCAUGGUCAUAUGACAGUGGUUGUGUGAGCGGUGGAUGCUAUGCAUGGAGCCGCGUUUACGAGCGUCCGCUAAUGUAAACGUUACUUUUAUAAUUAAGUGUUUUCAAGUUAUAUCUUUAUUUUGUUUUAGCUCGUUACUUUGAAGAUGUAAACUUUUCACACACGUGCCUUAAAAGUCACGCCGUCUGAGUCGUCUGCGAUGUUAGCGCCGUCUGCGGCUUCUGCAACGUUAGCGUUGUGACGCUCAUCGUGUGGAGACCUUGGCGGCGUCGACUGUUAGCGUCGCCAUGAUAACCCUGUAACCCAAACAUUCAGACUACCUCAGGUUAUUAUUAAACAUUAUUCACCAGCUUUACCUGCAUCAGGGGGCGGAGCCUAUGUUCACCUGAUUCAAACACUACAUUUUCAUCUUUUUUUUUUUUUGUUUUCUCUCCUCGCUCGCUCGUAGCUACAUUUCUGCUUUUAAAUGUGUGGCUGUUGCUAUGGUUACACCCGUUAGCUCCCCCUCUAAAACUGAGAAGUUCAAAGUUCUUUCACUGUUCUACUUGCUGUAGAAGAAAACUAUUAUUUCCUGUUUACAUCAACACUUACAUGACUGAGGAGGGUCACAUGACCGAGGCUCCUCUGUUCUUUCUGCAUGUCAACUUUACGUCAUAACAAUCUGUCGCCUCCUUUUGCUCCUACUCUUGUAUCCUCCUCCUCAUCUUGCUCCUCCUCUUGUAUCCUCCUCCUCAUCUUGCUCCUCCUCCUCAGCAGAAUUCAAAUGUUAAAAGAAACUUUUUCAAAUUUUUAUUUUGCCGAUGUCGUGAUUUUUUUUUUAUAUUUAUGAAAAUCUGUCUUUUCUUUGCCAACUUUUGAUUUUUCCAGAGUUAAAGUGAUCAUGACCUGGUGCUGUUAGUUAGUUAGUUGCCCUAUUCUUCUCUAUUAUUAUUCUUGUUUUUGUUUUGUUGACAAAGCACCAACGCUCCAGACUCCGCCUCCUCCUCGUUAGCAUGUUUGUGUAACAGUGUUGCGUUGUUUCCUGUUUACGACAUGUUAUAAGUUAAAAACACUCCAUUUUUUGCGAUAAUUUCUGUAACGUCUUGUUAGUUCGCGUUUACAACGUGAAAUUUUGCACACGUUUUACGUCGUGUUAGUGUUCACAUGAAAUUAAUCCUUUUUAAAGUCCUUUUUUCUAAUGAAACAAUUCCAGUAAUAAACUUUACAGCAAAGUUUUUCACCUGCGACACCAGGGGGCGCUGAAAAAAAAGUCUGAAGUCUGACGGAAUAAGACAAGCGAUCCGUGCAGUUGUUCAUCACACCAGCUGAACUUUGUACGAACUUUUGCAGAGAGUCUUGAUUCGCCCAGGAAUCGCGAUCAAACCACGAUUGUGAAAAAAACGCGGUCUGGAUCAAAUUCGUUCGAACGUGAAAUUUUGUAGAAAUUUUGUAGAAACGUUUGCAGUCCAUUUUAUUUCAUGAUGAAAACUCGUAAAUAAAAUGUGUAUGAACUUUGUACGAACUUCGUACACAUUUUGUGCUAAUUUCAUUGGCAAUGUUCUGAUUAAACCACGACUUUGGACCAGUUGUAGACAUUUUUUCCCUGCAUGUCUUUAUGCUAAAGACCACAUGACUUCAUGGAGGUGUGUCCGUGUAGAGGGGGUGGGGCAGAGCUUGUUAAACCAGUCUGAUUUUUGGUUAUUUAAGCUUUAGUUUUGAAAAGUUUCUUCUUUACGUUGAAUUUUGGUUUACAUUUGAUUCACACGUUCACGUUUGGUGUUUCCAGUGUUUUUGCACACGACGACGUUAGCCGCGCCGCUCAAAAUGCUAAGUGCCUGAUAUCAGACAACAGCGCCUCCUCCUGGUCUCAUGUUUCACAAGUUAAAGUGUCGACAUUAAGCACGAGCCAACUGGACCUCAAAGACUGGACAAACGAGGACAAACAGUGACACCUGGUGGAUGUGUUUGGCCGGCACUCGGCCAUCUGAUUUAAUCCAAUGAAGAUUAAAGGUCAUAUUCAAAAGGAGCCACAUGUGACAUUUGAACAGAUGUUUAACAGAUGAACUGACACAAACUGCUCACAGCGCCCCCCGCUGCUCAGACACACAGACUGACUCUGAGUGAAAACAUGGCUGCCAGCAGAGACAUCAGGAAAAACUGAUUUUAUCCACGUUAAUAAGAGUUGUUCAUAAAAUCAUCGUCUAAGAUCUCUCUGUCACAUGAUCACGUCUUCAUCUGUGUCACAUGAUCACGUCUUUAUCUCACUGUUAAACUGUAAAUCACUCACUCUCUCAAACCAAACCCCAUAGAGAAAACCAGUGGUUUUAACAUCACACACAGGAGUUGUUGAUCCUCCAUCACUAAGUUGUAAUGAUUUGAAAUCCUUUACUCAGACUGACCUCAGUGACACUGAGUGACCACACGAGGCAGCAGAGGAGCAGCAGCUCUUGUGUCCCUGCAGCUGGUCACUGGUUUUCUGGAUGAGGUUUGGUGUGAGAGAGUGAGUGGUUUUCAAAGUGACCACACGAGGCAGCGGUGGACCAGCUGCUAAAAUGUAACGGAUGUUUGUUAAUAUUGCAAAGUUACAUACUCUAACUUUAAUUUGACCAAAGUGAUGUGGAUAAUCUGAAGCUGUUUGUUUACAAAGUGACCAAAAAAAUAAACAUCAUUUCAGACAUGA